GGCACGGGCAUCGCUUCCUGCCUUUCUCUUAGACUCCAGCGGGUGCACGUGCGGCCCUGUGAGUAAUUUUUGUUUUUACCGCUGCCUUGUGCCAGGCUGCGUUACCAUGAGCUUGCCCCUGACCAAGCCCUUCCUGAACUGGCUGACAGGGAAGCCGGUGAUGGUGAAGCUGAAGUGGGGGAUGGAGUACAAGCGCUACCUGGUUUCUGUUGAUGGCUACACGAACAUGCAGCUUGCAAACACCGAAGAAUACAUAGAUGGUGCAUUGUCAGGACACCUUGGUGAAGUUUUGAUAAGAUGUAACAAUGUCCUGUACAUCAGAGGAGUAGAAGAAGAAGAAGAAGAAGAUGGAGAAAUGAGAGAAUAAGUUUGUAUAUUUCUGGAAAAUAAAGAUGUUUUUCACCAAAAAACAAACAAACAAACAAAAAACAGUGGAGCUAUAUGUAAAGAACCAUCACUGAAGAGCUGGCUCUAAGUAUCUGUGAAUUCCUGCCCAUCUUUCCUUU